CCGGGUUCUAACCUCAUGUAGUUGCAUGUGUCGAUACUGAAGAGCGCACUGGAUGGGUGGAUGUAGUGAUGGGUGGGUGGAUAGGAUUGGGGCGUAUUGGCACGCACGGGAUGAGUAGGAACAAACUCUUUUUCAGCUAAACAACAGUGAAUGUUGACGGUAGGCGACUCUACUGUCUCGAAAGCCCUGGCACAGUUGCUUCAUGUGUGAUGCUUUUCUGAGCUCACAUCAGCACAGCGGCUCGAUGUGUGGGAUCUGAUGACGACGAGAGUGACGCUCCCCCUUUUUCAUCCCAGGAUUCACCCCAUCGUCACCUCCCAACAGCAAACCAGUGCAAGGCCCGUCUCAGGCAGAAAUGGGGAAGACUCCACGCUCGGCCACGCCGGUGUCGAGCCCUUCUACCUGUCCGAAUCCUGCUAGCCGUCCUAGUUUCUGCUCCUUUCUUCCCAGUCCCCCCCCUUCAAAGGGAAAAAAAGGAGGCGCGAACGGCCUGGUGCGAUCUCU